AACAGGAGGAGACAGCAUCAGAUCCACAGGCAGGCGUGGACACUUGUAAUGGGCGACACUGAGGAAGCCAUGAUGAACCAGGAGAUCCAGGAACAGCACUGGAGCUGACUUUGAUCAGAGAGGAUCAGUAGCACCUGUUCCACUGUCCACCUGUCGUGCCCUGCUGGAGAAAAGGACUCUUUAAAAGGUAUGAUGCGGAAUACAAAUUGUAUUCAUUGCUUCACUGCUUCUGGGGUUGUCUACACUGCUCUGUCUGACAAACCAUCGACAGCUACAAGUUCAGCCCAAACAUGGCCAACAAAUAUGAAACAAGCUUUACAAACAACGAUGAGCUGAGAAUUGUGAUGGUGGGCAAGACUGGAAUUGGGAAGAGUGCUUCUGGAAACACCAUUCUGGGUCGGCCAUGCUUUCAGUCCAAAUGCAGCGCCAAAUCCAUGACUGUGAACUGCUCCAAAUGCAACAGUGAUGUGGAUGGACAGCAGGUUGCUGUCAUUGACACUCCAGGUCUGUUUGACACCAGGUUUGAACAAGAUAAAACAACCAAAGACCUGAGUCUGUGCAUCAGUUACGCUGCUCCUGGACCCCAUAUCUUCCUGGUGGUCAUUUCAAUUGGAAGAUUCACAGAAGAAGAAAAACAAUCAGUGCAAAAGAUUCAAGAAAUCUUUGGAGAAUCUGCAGACCAAUACAGCAUGGUUCUCUUUACUCAUGGAGACAACCUUGAAUCCACCAUUGAAGAUUUCUUGUCUGAAUGCCCAGAACUGCAGGAGCUGGUGUCCAGAUGUAACGGCCAAUAUCAUGUCUUCAACAACAAGCUGAAAGAUAAGAAACCUCAGGUCAUUGAGCUGCUCCAGAAGAUCAGGGACAUUGUUGAAAGAAAUGGAGGAAAUCACUACACCAACGAGAUGUUCCAGGAGGCUGAGAGGGCAACCGAAGAGAAGAAACAACGCAUCCUGAAGGAGAAAGAAGAGGAAAUACGUAAAGAGAAAGAAGAACUGGAGAGAAAGAUACAAGAAAAAUACCAGACAGAGAUGCAGAAAUAUCAGGAGCAGCUCCAGGCUGAGAGAGAGAGGGAGAAGAAGGAGAGAGAGGAGGAGAGGAUGAGAGAGAAGGAGGAGAUGAAUGAGGAGAGAAAACGGGAAAUGGAAAAGAGAGAGGCAGAGAGAAAGGAGAGAGAAAUGGAGAUUAAAAGUAAGAUGGAAGAAUUAAGAGCACAGUCUAAAAAAGAAAUUGAAGAGGAAAAGGCCAAGCUCCAGUCUAUGUAUGCAUCCAACGCCAGAACUCAAGCUGAAGGAUCUAAUGGUUUCCGAGCAUGUAGCAUACUGUGAGGUUAAAAGUUAAUAAAUAACACAAAACUAUUUAGCACUUCUUUUCCCUUUUCUGUAUUGUCUUGAUGAAGGAAGCUGAACUCCUGGUAGAGUAAUGUAAUUCACUCUUGACCUUACUAUCUCACGAUUUGUUAAGACAAUAUUUCUGCUGAUGCUUAGAUGCUGAACGUGUUCAGUUUGCUUCUACAUUUUAGACUUUACUGGUGUUAGUUUGUAAUUUUCAUUUGUCUCAGAAUGUAUCAAUUUUUUUCUCAGUAAUUAAAUCAAUAAUUAGUAUGUGUGAGUGAGUCCCUUCAGUUGGUCCCUUAUUCAGGAGUCGCCACAGCAGGUCAUUAAAUACUUACAUACAGACUUGGCAACUUUCUGACACAACAAGGAGUCAAACCAGAGUCCCACACAUCAAAGACAUGGACUUAGCCCACUAAACCACAGACUAAACCCAUAACCAGCAUGUAAUUUUCUAAUGUCCAUUCUUUCGAUUUACAUUUCUUGUAAUAGCUUGAUUUUAAUAUGUUUGUUUUAUGAUCACGGUUUAUUCAAAUCGAGAUUUAUUGUUUCAUCCUAUGUCAU